AUGGUGGGGAGGAGGACCCCGCUCGACGAAGCACAGCAUCUGGCGAUAAGGACCGACGUCAACGGGAAGGGCGUUGCCAGACAUGACGGCGCUGCUGCACGGGCAGUCCCCCACCGCUCGCGCGCCGCGUCGCUGAGCUCCGAGGCCUCGUCCGCAGAUGAGCAGGUCAACACCCAUCUGUCGGCCUCUUCGGCGGGCAACACCGACAUAUCGACGUCCUCUGCCAUCUCGGGGCACUCGACGGCGCGCACUUCGGCAAUGACAGACGACGACCGGCCCAGCGCGUCGAGUCCCACAAGCCCCUCACCGCACGCACACCCUACCCUAACCCUUCUCGAGCUCGCAUCCAGCACGGCGUCUUCUUCUGCACUGCCCGAUGCCUUCGACUUCAACGUGUCCCGGAAAGGCUACUUCAUCGCCGUGUAUUCGUCGUCAAACAUCUGGCUGAUCAAGACGGACCAGUUGCCCCGCCUGUGGGCGAGGACGCUGCAGGUGAAGCGCAAACCGGUGGCUAUCGACAUUACCGACAAUGGCUUCUUGCUGGCAGUGCUCUCGAGGCCCUCGCAGGUGGACCUGUACGAUAUCCAUAGGGAGCAGGACCGCCAGAUCAGGAAGAGGAGGACCAUUAUGUUGGUGCACGAGGCCAGCUCGCUCGUCAUAUCCCCGGACGGGCUCAUUCUGAUCACUGGGAACAAAUUCGGCAUUGAGGUUGUUGCGAUAGGGCCGGAUGCCCCUGAAACGUCGCGACGGACCAUCUCGGGCCCCGUGGGCGACACGUUGGAAUUCUCCGACGACGCGCGCACGCUCCUGAUCACCAGCUACGCGCGGAAGACGGCAAGCUCGUCCCUCUUCAUUCUUCCCGGCCUUUACGACGGGCCGUUGAACGAGGAAGGCGUGCCUGUGCCGGCGGCCCCGGAGCAGGUCUGGACUGGAUCGGUGCUCUUCCCGGAAACGGCCAAGAUAGCACGGCAAGCGACGCUCCUCCCAGACGCCGACACCGGCCAGGUCAACGAGCUCUUUGCCUUCAAUGCGCAAGAAGAUAGCUGGGGCGUGUACGACAUCGCCAGCCAGCGCUUUACCCAGCGCAAGAUGUUCCUGCCCGACCAGCAGCGCUGGACUCGGUCCGAGUUUGUCGAUGAUGCCAUGCCCGCCGUGUCUCCCAAUGCCGACCUUGCCGCCGUCGCGCUCAGAAUGCGUGGGACGACGAGUAUCUGGAUCUAUCAGGUGCCGGAGUGGGAUUUCAAGGCUACUUCCAAGGCAGCCGCCGAGUCGCCUAUCCAGCCGUGCUUCUGCAUCCCCAUCUUGAGCGACGGCGCGGAUACGUAUCAAGAGAUUUGUGCGCUGCGCUGGGUUAGCAUCAGUCCGACGAUGCAGCGGCUUGUCGCAGUGGGGAACUCAAGCGUCGUGUCGGGCAGCGAAGUGCCUGGUGCGCCGGUAGGCUCAAAGGGCGUAAUCAUUGUCCUCGACUUCGACAAGUCGAAGCCGGCUGGAAGCCCGGUGCCUGCGUCGACGAAGACGGCGUACGACCUCGACCCGCUGUGUCCUGGCGAGACGCUGCCGGAGGGCUCAAUUGAUUUCGACCGCGAGGUGGAGUUGGUGCGGACGCGGACUAUGGCGCAGAGAAGAGCUCAGGACCGGUCGGGUGACGGAAGACGGAACUCGAGGGCUGGGUCCACGCCGGGCCGCGCGCGCACCACGGCAAACCGAGAGCGGCCGGCUUCGAUUCGUCGUCCCAUCGAGGACGACGAGGAGUUGACCGCGGAGGAGGCGCAGGCGGCCUUUGAAGCGCCGUACGACAAUCAGCAGCCCCGGUCGCAGAUGUCGUUGGCCAGGGCAGCUACUGUGGCCGCAGUCUCCCCGGCCAACCGGCGCCAUCUCAGGGCCCUUCCGUUCAGACCGUUGGAGUAUCGUCGCGCGGACGGGCUUCGAGAAUUUCCCCACGAGAGCGAUGCGGACAACUGGGUGCCGCCGCCGCCGGCAUACACCGCGACGGCCGAAGCGGCCCAGAGCGUCAGUUUGAGCCAUCCAGAGGGCGCUCCGGUGCCUGCACGCACCUCCAGCCAUGCAUCCUCCAUUCCCCCAGUGCCUCCGCUCCCAGCAACGGUGAAUUUGUCUCAACCUGUACCUGUUCGCCCGCAUCAGUCGCGUGGAAGGCUCCAGUCCAUCUCGUCGACCGAUCUGACAGUCGCACCGCCGCCACAGGAACGCCGUCCGUCGCUCCUCCAUCCAUCAACUUAUCCAAGUCCUCAAGCAGCAACGCCUGGCCGCAGACGCAGCUCCGCAGCUCAUUCCCCGCCACAACAGAUGUCCAUGAUACCGGCGCAGAGCCAAUCCGCAUACCAAGCAACCGCCUCGCUGCUCAACACAAGCCGGCCUGCAGCCCGCACGCGGCGAGCCGUCGAGAGCACAGUGGAUCUACGCACACCACCUACAAUCAGUCCUGACGCGGGACGUAGAGGAUCCGCCCCUGAUGCUGGUAUACCCCGUCGCCCGCUGGCCCCAGGCGCCUUGCCCAACCGCGCCAGCAUGCCAACAUCGAAUACUCCACCACCACCGAGGUCAAGUGCCAGACGUGCUAUGCUUCCUAGACUGACUACACUGGGUGAUUCAAUGGCGCGGCGGGAUCCGGCGCCGCUUUCGGCGCCGCCGGGGACACAUUUGGGGCACCUAAGGACGCAGUCUCGACUCGAUAACUUGAGGAGCGGCGCAAGGGAAAAGUCCAAGUCCCCGAAAAAGAAGAUCGGCUGCACAAUUAUCUUACCAGCUAGUCACCACCCACAAGCCACGAGCGUCCUCUCCAUUCUAAUCGCCACCAUCAUGUCGCUCAACACCGGCAGCCGCUCGCCCUGCCUCUACAUCGAACCCGGCAACGUCCCCGGCGAGCUGCACGCCCAGAUCCGGGCGAUCAUCGAGGCGCUGCCGCCGCAGUCCAUCAUCGGGUGGUGGGCCCGCGGCGUCACGGUCGGGGCUCCACCGCCGAAUGCCGUCAAGGCUGAGCUUAAGGUGACGCAGCCGUGGCACCAGGAACCGAACGUACACAUCAGCCUGCAUCUGGGCUGGGUGGACGCGAAAGGCGACUGGGUCAGGACCUACGCUAAAGCCCACCUCCACUGGAAUGGAUUGGAGGAGCUGUUUGAGUUCUCGACCGGUUGCCAAUUAGUUAAGGAACUUGGCAAGACGUGGUAUACCAUAUACUAUCCGCCCGCGCAGCAGCAGCAGCAGCCUCCUCCGCCUCCCGUCCAGCAGUCCCGCCCCCCUCCGCGCGGCGUUCUCCUACCGCCGUUCUUCCUUCCGCACCCGGAGGACCUCGCGCUCUGGGGGCUCCCUUGCCCUCCUCGACUACCGCCGUGGAGCGCCGCGCGGUUCGUCCCCGCCCAGCUCCCUUGCCCUCCUCGACUACCGCCGUGGAGGGCCGCGCCGUUCGUCCCCGCCCAGCUCCCGCCGCCUUCUGAUCCCCGGCCGGCUGGCUCCGGUCGGGGUUACCGCGACCUGGACGACUUCCGUCGCUCCUCGCCGGAACCCGAGCUCGAGAGAAGAUGGCAGAAGGAAGAGGAAGAGAGCGACGACGACGAUGACGACGACGACGACGAUGAGGAUGAGGAUGAGAGGGAGGAUUGGGGCCUGAGGGCCUUUAGGAAGAGUAAUGAGGGGAAGGAGGAUGAGGAUGACGAGUAG